AUGUUUAGAAAUAAUUACGAUGGUGAUACUGUCACUUACUCUCCAACAGGUAGAAUAUUUCAAGUUGAAUAUGCAUUAGAAGCUAUAAAACAAGGUAGUGCUGUUGUGGGGCUAGCUACAAAAGAACAUGUCGUUUUGGUGGCAUUAAAGAGAAAUGCAGAAGAAUUGGGUUCAUAUCAAAAGAAAAUAAUCACAGUUGAUGAUCAUUUAGGUAUUGCAUUAGCUGGUUUAGCACCAGAUGCUAGAGUUCUAUCAAAUUUCUUGCGUGAACAAGCCAUGUCACAAAAAAUGGUGUACAAUAGACCAUUAUCAGUGGAGAAAGCAUCAAACCUAUUAGCAGAUAAAGCACAAAAGAACACACAGAGUUACGGUGGUAGACCAUAUGGUGUUGGUCUAUUAGUUGCCGGUUAUGAUGAAACUGGUGCACAUUUGUUUGAAUUUCAACCAUCUGGAUCAGUAUUGGAAUAUGUUGGUGCUGCUAUUGGUGCCAGAUCACAAGCUGGUAGAACUUAUUUGGAACGUAACUUUGAGAGUUAUACCAAUGCAACUAAAGAUGAAUUGAUUGUUCAUGGUUUGAAUGCUUUAAGAGAUACAUUAGCACAAGAUAAAGAAUUGAAUAGUAAAAACACAUCAAUUGCUGUUGUUGGUAAAGAUACAUCUUUUACAUUAUUUGAUGAUGAUGACGUUCAACCUUGGUUGGAUCGCUUGGAUUCAACUUCAAAUGCUAGAAGCUCCGGAGGUGCUGGUGAUGAUGAUAAUAAUGAUGAUAACAAUAACGAUGACGGUGCUAACCCAGAAAGUAAGGAUGAAGAAGUUAAAGAUGCUGCAGGUGAUGAAGGAGCAAAUGAAGAUAGAAUGGAAACUGAUUGA